AUGUUGGAUCUUGUCGACUUUUCUUCGUUGCCCCCUCAAGUACCUAUUUACCUCUUUCUUGCUUUUUUGGGAUCGGCAUCUUUGAAUAUUUGGCUGUUGGUAUCCAAACGCAGCUUCUUACCUCUCCUUGAUGAACAGGAUUUGAAGAAAGGAGGCCUCACAGGUCCCCCAGCAGGAUGGUGGUCGAGUGAGACCUUUUUCCAGGCAGAGAGGAGGGCCAUUUUCAGCAAGACAUGGAUAUGUGUGAGCCACCGAGGGCGUUUUGCCAAACCUGGGGACUACGUUGCGUAUGAGCUUGCAGGUUUCCGAGUUUUCAUCAUCCUUGGCAAAGAUGAGCAGAUUAGAACCUUCCAUAACAUUUGCCGCCAUCGAGCCUUUCCUGUGGCAAAAAAAGCUUCUGGGUCAGCCAUGGUUCUUGGAUGCCAAUACCAUGGCUGGAGCUACAAUACCAAGGGAGAACUCACUAAAGCUCCUCAGUUUGACAAUGUUCCAGGUUUUGAUAAGAGCAAGAAUAGCCUGUUCGAAAUCCAUACCAAAGUAGAUGGCUCGGGCUUUAUCCACAUCAACUUAACGGGAGACCAGAGCUCAGUGGAUAACAACCUUCAGGAACCAGAGAAGAUUGGGCGACCUGCCCGGGUGAGUCCAUCCUCACAGUUUCUACAUGGUUGGGAGAUAGAGGGAAAGUACAAUUGGAAGGCAGCAGAUCCACUGGGAAACGGGGAUGAUGUUCCCAAUUCGAGCCAAGGGACUUCAGGAAUAUUUUCUCGGGCCUUAUUUACCCACGGACUUACUCCCGCGGGGCAACUACGCUUCUUUCCUCUAACGACCAUUCACACGAAGAGUGGGAGGCCCUUCUGGUACCAGAUAACCCUCUCACCAGGGUCUACUUCCUCAACAACACUGCGCUGUGAACUGUACUCGACGAAGCAGUCAGAGAUCUCACAAAUAGGUGAAAUCAAGGCCACUCUAGAAGCAGAGCUAAAUCAUACAAUCCAACGGUAUGAGGAUAUCUAUAGGAAAGCUCUCCGCCAAGACGCAACAGUAGGAAACUUGACUGAAAAUUACGCCAAAAUCGCGAACACUGUGUCCAAACACCUCAAGCAAGAGGAAGUGGAAGGGUCAGAAAUCAAGCCAGCGACAGUGCAACAGUACCGAAGCGCGGCUUUUUUGAAGGCUGAACAAAGUAAGAUCAAUACCACCAUCUGUCUAGAACAUAGAGUGCCGCUUCUAAUGUGA